AUGUCAAUUGAUUCUGUCAUUUUAGUUGGAGGCGCUGGUUUUCUUGGACUGCACCUGAUCGAGCAGUUCUGGCGUUUAGAUAACUGCCCGAAGAUCAGCGUGUUUGACGUUCGCCCAUUGCCGGAGAAAAUCUCGUCGUAUUUCUCGUUUGACCCGGCCCAGAUCGACGUGUUUGUGGGCGACCUCACUUCCGAAAAGGACGUGAAAGAUGCCAUCGAAAAGUUUAGACCAGACGUCAUUGUCCAUUCGGCUUCUCCAAUGCACGGACUGGCCCAGGAAAUAUACGAAAAAGUCAACGUCCAGGGAACAGCCAAUCUGAUCAAAUGUUCCAGAGAAAUGAAAAUUCAGUCUCUUGUGUACACCUCGUCCGCUGGUGUGAUUUUCAACGGCCAGGAUAUCUACAACGCAGACGAAAGAUGGCCGAUCCCGGAAAUCCCAAUGGACGGCUACAACGAAACAAAGGCUACGGCCGAGAAAAUGGUGAUGGAAGCAAAUUCUCCAAAGGAUAACUUUUACACAGUCAGUUUGAGACCCGCAGGGAUCUUCGGUCCGGGAGACCGUCAAUUGGUGCCUGGUCUGAGACAGGUGCUUAAAAAUGGCCAGUCCAAGUUCCAGGUCGGAGAUAACAAUAACCUAUUUGACUGGACAUAUGCCGGUAACGUUGCUGAUGCACACGUUUUCGCAGCACAGAAACUUCAGGAAGCCAAGUCGCGCGAACUAAUUGGCGGAGAAACCUUUUUCAUCACCAACGACUCGCCAACGUACUUCUGGACUCUGGCCAGAACCGUUUGGAAAGCCGACGGCCACAUUGACAAGAGAAACAUUGUUCUGAGUCGGUCUGUGGCCAUUGCCAUCGGAUACGUGUCGGAGAAAGUGUGUGCUCUGAUCGGAAAGGAAGCGGGACUCACGCCGUUCAGAGUCAAGGUUGCCUGUGCAAACAGAUACCACAACAUCUCUAAGGCCAAAGAGCUUCUUGGGUACAAGCCUCGGGUGUCCAUUGCGGACGGAAUCAAGUACACGCUCGACUGGAUGGACGAGGCCAAGGCCUAA